AUGCAAAAAGAACACUCUGUCCAUCGCUUACACCCUGUGUCAGCCAGAAAUCACAAACUCCUAGAUGUACCGGAAGCGAGCCUGCAUGGAAAUUCGAGCCCGCUCCCAACCGGGGAUGUUCCUUUUGAGGGGGUUUACCUGAGUCUCAUACAAGAGGAAUAUUUUAUCAAUCUUUUCUGGCAGAGCUACCACACUUCACUUUUUCCAAUUGUGGAUGAGACACAGUUCAAGAAACACUAUCAGUCUCUCUUGGUGAAUGGCGGCCGGGACCGGAAGCCCUCAGCCCUUGUCGAUGUUAUAAUUGCUAUGUGCAUGCAAUACGCAACUUCCACGAUGCCUGCAGAGACCCAGGGACUUCUCGUCGAGGGUAAAGAUGCGCUAGUUGCGGGUCGAUGGCACUAUUGGCGCGGGCAAAAGCUGCUUACACUUGAGCUUGACAGCCCAUCUUUAUCAACAUUACAAUUCCAUUUGCUGUGUGCAGUUUACAUAUGCGGUGGUUCAUUCCAUAACAUGAUGGACGGUACUGUGGGCCUAGCCGUACGCACGGCUUAUAUGCUUGGUCUACACCUGGAUCCCCCGUCAACCAUGCCCGAAAAAGAUCGAGAGAUGCGCAGACGCUUGUGGUGGGCAGUCUAUCUUAUGGACAGCAAAGCUGGAAUGAAGCUUGGUCGUCCCUUCAUGUUGUCUAGCUCCCACGUCAUGCCAUCUCUCCCCAGUGACACUUUUGAAGCUGCUGCGAGUUCUGGAUCCAUGUUUGCACCUAUCGGACAGAAUGCCACAUGGUUGAGCCAUAAUCUACACACAGUCCAGCUUUACUUCAAGAUUCGGACAGCCUACACGGACCUUUAUGAUCACGACGUUUAUCUACAAGGAGGCCGGGCUUUAUGGGCUAAUCAUGAAGCGCAAAACUCCAGCGCGGAGGUUCUGCAGGCACAUACCCAGAGCCUUCGCGAAUGGGUUGAUGGUGUCCCUGAAUCUCUCAAGCUGAAGCGACAAAACAACGGUCAACCCAUAUCCACAGACUUUACCUCCAUAAAACUUGAACCAUUCACACCACCUUGGCUGCAGCGACAACGCUUGCUCCUCGAACACACAUAUCAUCACCUCAGCGUAAAUCUUUAUCGACAUUUCAUAUCCUUCAGCCUGAAGCCUCCCGGUGGGUCAAUGGCAGAAGAACUUGCCAUGAGAUGCGCUUCCCAUGCCAUAAUGUUGACAAUAAUCACGCAUCAAGCGCUGACUGAGUCAUCAAUUCUUGACGGAUGGCACGAAGCCUUCUUCUGUCAGUGGAAUUCAGUUAUGACUCUUGUUGGUUUUGUGAUGUUGUUCCCGUCUUCGACAUUAUACAGCCGGGCCAAACAUGCUAUCGAACUGGCCACCUUGGUUUUCGAUAAUUUUGGCGCCAAGUUUUCCGUUGCAGCAAACGCGGCGAAAAUAGUUCGUGAUUUAUCUGUCAAAAUCGAGGGCCUCGCAAAUUCCAGUCAGCUGGAGUACGACAAUCUGAUCGUCUCCCAAGAUUUUGAGGCCAACUCCUCAUUUUCAGAUCCCGUUGACCAGAGCAUACCAUCGCAGGGUCUUUUUGACGUACCAGAUUUCAACUUGUUUGAUAUGGCCGUCGAUAUUGAUUUCUGGAACAGUGUAGAUGCGCUAUGGCCUGAUCUUGACCUUUCGUCGCAAUUUCAAGCGGAACUAUGA